CCCUUCCCCGAACCCGAGCUCUGGUUCCGGCCUUUCCUCAGUCCCCCGCCACUUUCCCCAGCCCCGCCUCUCCCCUACCAUGCCCCACCCUUUUUCCAAGACCCGCCCUGCUUUCAACGAUGUCCCUCCUUUAGGUUCCGUCUCCUUCCUCAGUCCCCGCUCCCUUUCCCACCACAAUCCCCUUCCCCCGGACCCGCCCUCAACAAAUAUCUGGCCCCGUCUGCCUUCCUAGCGUCAAUAGGUUUUCUACUUGCAUUUUACAGAUGUUUUUUUUCCGGUUUAAUGUUUCUUGGUGUUUCUGUAUUUAUUCGUAUUCUUAUAACACCACCCUUUGCAGGUGUCGCAGUAUUUCAGUGUAGAUCGAUUAUGAUCUUUCAACGAUUCAAAAAACACAGGUGGAUUGUGCAUGUGCUUUGCCUGGUCGAAGUUGGUUCAAGUGGACGGGAUUAAGCAAAAUAUCGGUGCCUGACCUGGUACAAAGAAUCAGCGGAGGCACAGGGUUCUGGGUCUGUUAUACUGCUGCAAUGUCUCAGAGUGUGCUGACGGGAAUGGAAAAUUCAGCUGCAAGUGUGCUGAAGAGGGCUGUAGAGCUAGACAACGAGUCCCGUUUGCAGAGUUCAUUGGUUUGUUAUCAAGAAGGAAUUGAUCUUCUUUUGCAGGUUUUGAAAGCAACAAAGGAUGACACAAAAAAAGUCUACUAUCGACAGAAGAUUAGUACCUACAUGGAUCGAGCAGAAGUAAUUAAAACCCAGCUGAAUAAGCUCAAAGAAGAAGGGAAAUAUCAUGAACAGAUCAAAAUUGCAGAAGACGCUACUGGAUUUAGUUAUGAAAAACUAUUCAAACCAUAUUUGGAUCAGUUUGUUACUGAAGUAUGGGUAGAAGAUCCGUACAUUAGGCAUGUUCAUCAGCUAUACAACUUCUUGAGAUUUUGUGAGUUGCUUCUAAAAGGACCUUGCAAAGUAAAAACUAUCCAUCUACUGACUUCUCUUGACAAUAAUGGUGGUAACUCACAGCAAAUCAGUGGCCUUGAAGAGAUAAAGCAGUCAUUACAAAGUUAUGGGGUAAAAUUGGAUGUGAACCAUUCCUCUUCGAUACAUGACCGAGAAAUCAGAUUCAACAAUGGAUGGAUGAUCAAGAUUGGAAGAGGAUUAGAUUACUUUAAAAAAACACAGAUUUGCUCUCCAGGGACGAUUUUCUAUUGGUUACUGCGAUUUUGACUUAAGACAAUGCCAUGAAACUACAGUGGACAUUUUCCAUAUCAAGUAUACAAAGAACUCAUAAUUCACAGACCCUGCUAUACUGGAACAAGUUCAAUUUUAUAUCUACAUUCUUGAGUCAACAAUACACAAAUUAUACUAUAUGAAAGUAUCAGGAAUUGUGGCUCAAGUUGCAUCUAGCACAAAGAUUGAUGGUUGCUGGAGACCAAGUCAUCGUUGCAAAUGUUCCUCUGGGAUAGUGCCUUAACUCAACCAUCUUCAACCUUCUCAUCAAUUACCUCCUUCAUCAGAGCUCAAAUGGGAUGUUAAUUAACAAUUGAGAUUAAGUUAUCUGUUCCAUUCUCAACUUUUGAGAUACUGAAGCAGUCCACGUCUAUCUGCAGAAAGACUUGGACAACAUAUGAACUUGGGUUGUUCAGAUGGCAUUCAUGCCACCUCCAACAAAAGGUUGGACAAAAACCUAAUCAUUUACUUUUGAUAUUCAAUGUAUUACCACUGCUGACUUCUUCACUAUCCAAAUUUUGGAGGUCACCAUUGAGCAGCAACUCAUCUGAUCCAGUUGCAAAUAAUGUGACUCCCCAUUGCUUUCUACCAUUUAAAAGGUACAAAAUAGAAGUGAUGAAAUACACUCCAUUUGCCUGGUUGACUACAGCUCCACCAAUGUUUAGGAAGUUUAACACCAUUUAGAACAAAGCAACACACAGCAUUCACUGCUGUACAUCAAAUCUGGCCCAGUGGGAAUGCAGCAAACUGCCAAAGUUUCCUCAACAGCAUCUUCCAGAAUUCUGAAUCCACACUCAAGAAUGACAAGGACAAGAAAGCAGGUACCGGGAACAAUGCUAUCUGCAAAUUCCCUCUCAAGCACAUCAGCAUCCUAACUUGGAAAUACUUCAAUUCAUCACUACAAAUUUUGUAAUUAACUGCAGUAUGGAAGAAUCUACACUCCAAGCACUACAAGGCAUCAAACAGACCGACCACCACUUUCUCAAGGGUAGUUGAUGCUGGUCUGGUUAGCAGUGUACACGUUACAUGAAUGAAAAUCUAAAUAUACAUUCGUAUAUUUGGUUCACCAUCUUGCGUGGAUGCUGUACUUUAGCAAACAAAGCAAAGUCAUUGACCAUACACAAUUCAGUUAUAAGGGAAACAAUCCAGAGUCUUCAAGAGAUACCGGUCUCUUUACUCCACUCAAAAUAACUCAAAUUUCAGUCAACCUCUUUCCACAAUGAUUCUUGUGCGGAUUUUGCAGCGGUAAUUAACGUCGAGAUUAUUAUUGCUGUCUGUUUCUGUCAUAACUGUGAACAAUGUCUUGAAUCCACAAAUGGUGCACUUCUGCAGAGGGUAUGUUGUUCAAAUACUUUUCCCAACCUCAACCAACUGAAAUCAUUGGAAACCAAUUAUAAGAAUUUACAAGCCUUGCUGCAGAAACCCUGGAUAAACUUGCACCUUGCUGGAUGAGGAGUUUAAAUGCCAUACUGAAUUAAUAAUUACCAUCAAAUACAUCUAAGAGUUCUGCUAAAGGGAUACAGUAGCAUAGUAGUAAUAUCAUUGGACUAGUCAUUUAGAACCCCAAGCGUGUGGCCAUGUGGUCAUGCGUUUAUGGCAGUGGAUGAAAUUGGCGUUCAAUUAAAAAAAAAUUGAAGAAAAGGCUAACCUAAUGGAAACCAUGUAAACACUAUUGAUUGUUGUAAAAACCCAUCUGGUUCACUAAGGUCCUUUAAGCAGGAAAUCUGCCAUCCUUAUCUGGUCGGGCCUACAGAUCAUUUCCAACCUACAGUAAUGUGAUUAACUCAUAAUAGCCAUCUAGAUAAUUAGAGGUGAACAAUAAAUACUGGCCUGCCCAGUGAUGACACAUCUGAUUAAGAAGUUUUGAAAAGCUAAUUUUAUAUCUGUGGAAGAUCAGAUUUCUCCACUAUGGCAAAACUCCCCUAUUUAAAAAAUAGUUCUCACCAUCAUUGAGAAAAGGGAAAACCACAAGACAGUGUUCUUUGCAGGCAGUUUUUGUUGAGGUCUGUGGUAAGAACUUUGGCUCAGGUUUUUUAUGCAGUGAUACAGUCUUACAUUCAUAAAUUAUUUGUCAAGAAAUAUGGCAUUUCAAAGAAAAGUGUACUUUCACUGUGGGUACUGUGUUUUCAGAAGAUAGCUUGGAAUUUAGUGAUAAUGCUUCUUUAUUUCUAAAAAGAAAUCUUUAAUCAUGAAACUACUGAGGCAUAAAGCAAUAUUGACAGGUACAAUACAAAUGUAACAAAAAUUAUUGCUGUUCAGAAGUGUCUGACUUCCAUGAUUUUCCAAGUGACCAUGACUUAAAGCUCUUUUGUGUUUGUGCGAUUUAAUCAAAGCAACCUUAGUUGCCUUCCUAAUUUCCUUUCUGUACAUGAAUCUACUGUCUGAUGGUGUAUAUAAAUCUUAGGAUGACCAAUUAAAUCAAAUAUUUUAAAAAUA